AUGUCUCUAUCAUUAGGAGAAAUUAGAAAAUGGAGCCCGGAAGAGGUUAUUACUUUUAUAAAGGCCAAGAAAAAUGAUUUGUUUCUUAAGGAAAAUCAGAUUAAAGUUUUAGAGGAUCAAGAAGUUGCUGGUUUAGACUUCCUUAGGUUGAGCCAAGAAGAUUUGGAACGUUGGGGAAUACCAGGUGGACCAGCGAAAAGGAUCAUAGAAUCAGUUAAAGAAAUUAACGAAGGACGACUUCUCAGUUUGGAAGAAGCAUUAUCUUAUAUUCCACCAACUCUUAAAUGUGUUUCUAAACCAAAGCCCACUAUUCCAGUAAUUGGAAUUAUACCUAAAAAAAUAUUACUUUGGAAUGAUUUUUUUGAUAAAGUUAAUAAUUAUAAUUUUGACCGGCAGCAAUUAAAAUUCGAGAAACCACAAUUUGGAUAUUAUCAAUCAAUUUAUGAUGAAUUUAGUGUUCGUUGUGCAGUACAUGUAAAUAUUAAUCAGGUAUUGAAUUUACUUUUAGGAUCAAAUUACUGGUUUUCUUCAGAUAGGUCAGAUAGGUCAAGUAGGGUACAACCAGAUUUCUCCAGUUAUUAUAAAGGAAAACAAGAUUUCACUUGUUAUUACAAAGGUGAGGAAGAGGAUAAUAUGAUUAUGGUAAUUGAUAUUAAGAGAAAUCAAGGUUUAAUGGAUAUUGGCGAAAAGACACUUCCAGAAUUUUGUGCGGAGAAUGAGGAAGCAAAGAUAGCGAUUCACCAAAUUUAUAAUUACAUGUUAUUUAAUGCGUUAAAAUAUGAACGAUUAGAUGAAGAACAGUUAACUUUUGGUGAUUUUAAAUUUCUAAGUAUUUUAGGUACAGGAGGAUGUGGAAGUACAAAACUAGCUGAAUUUCGUGGAACUUUGAUUGCUUUAAAAUCUAUUGAUUUAUAUAAACAGUCAAAUCUUUUGGGGGAAAUGAAAAAUGAAGUUGAGAUUUAUAAAAUCCUUAUUGACAUUCAAGGAAAAUAUAUUCCAAGAUUGGUAUGUUAUGGUUAUUACAGUGGGUUUUCUUAUGUGAUAGGAACAACCCUUGCUGGUUCCAGUCUUGAAGGUAAACAUAUAACAACGCAACAAAAAGAUAUGGCUAUUGAUGGAUUAAAUGCAAUUCACGAGCAUGGUAUUCUUCAUAAAAGUAUUCAUGAAGGAAACGUCUUACUUAAUGAGGAUACUGGUGAUAUAUUUAUAAUUGAUUUUGGGAAGUCGGGUCAGGUUGAUUUAAAUAAGAAAAAUGAAAAGUUUGAAAAUGAGUUAAAAGAAUUAACGUAUAUGUUAGAUGAGAGCUUGUAA